AUGGCCAGGGCUGAUUUGUAUUUUCGCAGCUUGGCAACCCCACAAAUCUUGUCCAUCGACUUCCCCGGAUCUGCCAGCCACCCUUCAACUCCGAUUGCAGCCCUCCUGGAAAUGGCUGAAAACCCUCCGAUUGUUCCACGGAAGAACCGCAAAGGAGUACCCCACGUCCCCCCACUCAACAACGAAGAGAGAAGAGAAUUCGAUGAACGGUUUCGAUCUCUAUCCAACUCACCUGAGGGGGCAAUUGAGUUGAUCAAGCUGGCGAGGAAGCAUAAGCUUCCAGUUUCCAACUUUCUGGACUACAAAGAAAAACUCACUCCUAGUUUCUCAAAACUCACAUGGAAUCACGCGAAACGACUUUAUGGCUUGAAAUCACCUAGUGAUAUCCCUGUCCUUGUCGUGGACCUUCCUUUCAUUUCAGAAGAACUUGCGUUGAAGCUUUUCACCCGGGUUGAUGAGGCGGACAAAACUACAUCAUCACUUCAUGAUGCGGACCGUGAGGCUAAGGUUGUGGCAUGGCUUAUCCUUGUCAUCAGCAAAAUUGUUGUUCUUUUCGAUGGAGCUAUCUCCAAUGAUCACGAGGGAAAUUUAAGAGGUUUUGAUGGGGGUGGUGGACGGGUUGAAUUCAUCUAUUUGGUCCUUGAUCUGUGCAUAGUGCUGAUUGUAGAGGCCAAAUAUGGACAAGACAAUAAUAACAACUUUGCACAGAUUAUGGUGGAACUGGAAGCAGCUGACCAACAGAACUGCCUCAGGAACCUUUCAAUUGAAAAAGUUUUUGGAGUCCUAGCAAGUGCAAGAACCUGGUAUUUUUGGUCUUACACUGGUGGUCCCACAGCUACAUCUUUCGCAGUAUCCACCCCAUUUAUCGUGACUAGCAAUGACCCGGAUUCUCAAACAGAAAUGCGCCUUGAGACUUUUCGAGCCAUGUGGGUUUUUUUUUUGAAUGGAUUCUUGCUAGCCCUAGGUGCCCUGAUGGAGCGAAGCAACUACGAAGCUAAUGAAGAAGCCAUGCAGAAAGGCUUCAACCCGGAUCAGUACCCAAGACGACCAAGUUACAGAAAGUGGCAGGAGGCUCACUCUCAUGCUCAAAAUGCGGUCAAUCUAUCAAAGUCUGCAAAGAAUGAUCAGGAAUUCAAUCAAGUCCUGGCAGUCUUGAAGAUGAGUCUAAAUGCUUUACCUGAUGAGCACAGCCGAACCAUUCAAGAUGUCAGCUCCAGCAUCAAAGCAUUAUACAGCCGGGGACUGCAAUACAAAAAAUCUUGA